CCGUUUCUUCUUCACUCUCUCAGAUUGUUGAAAUCUAUUCUCUCUUCUCUUCUUUUCUCUAUAAAUUGAUCUCUACCAGUUCAUAGGGUUUUUUACACUGCCUCAAACUACACUCAUGGCAGCAGAAACUGCCGGUGGCGUUGAUCAGAGAGCAGCUCCGGCCAGGACGGCCGAAUUAGGCAUCGGAAGUCUCAUUUCAAUCACUUCUAUAUCAGAAAAUCGCUAUGAGGGAUAUAUAAUCGAGAUAAACGUUCAUAGCAUCGGUCUUCGAAAUGUGAAAUUCUUUGGGACCGAAGGACGCUUGAAGUAUGGCCCUCAGAUUUCUGCCCAUGACUGUAUCUAUGAGUAUAUAUACUUACGCGGAAGCAACAUAAAGGAUCUGCAGGUUAUAUCUUCUCCAUCACCUCAAAGUACAUCAGUUGUACCUGACGAUACUGCUAUAAUACGGCCUCGUUUUCCUCAUCCCACACCUACAACUAUGGCCUCAACAUCUCACAGUGCUGCAGAAGUAGCAAAUGUUAGUAGUACCAGUGUCCAACCCAUUCAGCCCCAUGACCCAUCAGCCUCAAGUUCAAGCUUUUGGGGCUCAUUGCUCCCUCCUCCACCUGCAAAUAUCAGUAGGCUUGCUGUGCCUAAUUAUUUGCCCGGAUUAGUUGGGUCCUCAGGAAGAAUGUGUCAUUUUCAACAGCAAUUUUCUGUGCCUCCACUGAGUUUGGUGGCAUCACAGGACACAGUUCAGCAGCAAGCGCUACACCAGAAUGUAAAUACCUCUGUAGUUGGAGGAUCCAGUUUUUCUGAACACCAGCAUCCCUUGUGGCUGCGUCGUAGUACUAGUUUGAACACCAGCAAUGCACUUCCUCCCUUGCUAUCCACACCAUCUGUCCAAUCCAAUCCUGGGGAGUUUGAUAAACUGGCAUCUAAUUUAUCGUCCAUUCCAAUGCCAAAUAUUGGGUCUGGUGCUCUUUCAAGUGUACCAGCAAAUCCUGACCCAAACAUGGCAUCUUCUUUUCCAGAAGUAUUUGAUGAGAAUGCCACUCUGGCUCCAGUUACUGAUGAAAGAAAUUCAGUUGAGCCGACAGGUGUAUCUUUCAGCAGGCAGUCAAAGCUAUGUCCCAUGACAAUUGAGGAGCAGUCAGGACCGAGGCAGUCCUCUCCAUCUCAGUCACUGCAGACCACAAAUAUCAAUGCAAAGACUGCUCCAGCACCAGUAGUGGAACCUCUGCCAGAUAGCACUGAAGAAACCUCGGAGUCAUUGCUGAAACACACAAUUAAAACUGUAUGUCCACUCUUUUUCCCUCAGCAACUACUUUGUUCUUCCUCACCCAAAACAACACUAGUCAAUGUUCUUCUACUUGUUUCUGUGCUCAACAAUACCUUUUCUAUUUUCUUUCUUUUUUUUCCCUUCUUCUUGUUGCAGGGAUCUACAUCAUCUCAUCAUGAUAAAGGUACUCGGUCUGCUCAGGGAAGAGAUCAGAAUCCCCAUAUCAUAACAAGAUUCAAGGAUGAUUUUGACUUCGAGGCAAUGAAUAAAAAGUUUAAUAAAAAAGAGGUCUGGGAUUUCUUCAGAAAAAAUAACAAAGCCAAAGCGGAUGAUGGUGAUCUUAAAGGUAAAGCCAGAGAAGUACAUGAAAAAGACAAUAGCAAGCCUGUUUACCGUAAAGAUGACUUCUUCGAUUUUCUCUCUUAUGGAGCACCUGAACAUGAAUCAAAAGUAACGCUGACCGAACAAAGGAGAAGAGAUGAUGAGACGUUUGGAGUUAAGAUCCCACUACUCCAUCAGGAUCAUGGGAAGGGAUCACACUCGGCUAGGACAUCUCAAGCCUCGUUUGGUGGCAGAGGACAUGGCAAUAUGCGUGGUAGUCAUCGUGGUCCUGGAAGAACUGUUUGGAGGCGACUCUCAAAAUGAGCUUAAUUCCAUGUUGCUGCAUGGCACCCUUCAAUAAUAUCCAGUCGUGUAUCAAAUUCUGGUCGCAUUUAACUUAAUCUUAUGGUCUAGUGUAACAAUCAUGGUCGAAAACUAUUCAAAGUUGUAGGGCUUGGUAAUUCUUCAAGUAUGUGAUCAGCGGUAAAUUAUCAGUUGAUACCAUAACUUCUUGAGGAAGAGAUUGACAUAUUUGCUUUUGCUCUUUCCAAAAAGGGGAAAUAAGCAGUUAUAUAUAGCUGCUUUCAAUAACUUCUUCUACAAACUUUGUCUAUAUACAUAUCCAUU